GUCUGCGACUCAUGCCUUUUGUGUACAAUCUACUAGUGAUAUACACAUCUUACCGACUGAAAAUCCCACAAGCGUCUUGUUAGGGUGCAGAGGCCGCCUUUUCCAGUGCUUAUCAUCAAUUCGAGCAUCCACAAGCUUUGUUGCGGUAUGGCCGCAUUCAAGGAGAUCCCAAUCUUAGACCUGGCGUUGGCAAGAUCCCCAGACACCAAGCCGGACUUUCUACGUCAAUUACGAGAGACCUUGCUCAAUGUGGGCUUUUUGUACCUCAAAAAUGCGGGCAUCGACCAGGAAACGUACGACCGAGUAUGCGAGGAAGGCAUUCGAUUCUUUGACCUGCCCGAGGAGGAGAAGCUCGCCAUUGAGAUGAAGAACCGGGCGAGCUUCCUGGGUUAUUCAAGGUUAGGCAAUGAGAUCACAGCACAUAAGGCAGAUUGGCGCGAGCAGCUCGACCUCAGCACGCCACACCCAGAGCGCUUAGAUACGGAUCCACUGUAUCACCAUCUACUUGCACCGAACCAAUGGCCAAAUCCACAAUUGCUCCCAUCCUUCCGACCUGUCUUUGAAGACUACAUUGCUAGGAUGAGCAAAAUCAGCGUCUUCUUCACGAGUCUGAUCGCGGAGAGCCUGGACCUGCCCGCAAGCGCCUUCGACGCCUUCUUCGACAAGGACCAACAGCACAAACUUAAAGUCGUGAAGUAUCCUGACUCGGGCGAGGGCGCGGGCCAAGGCGUGGGACCCCACAAGGAUUCCAUGCUGACAUCAUAUCUAUUGCAAGCCAGUGAGCACAAAGGAUUACAGGCACAGAACACCCAAGGCGAGUGGAUCGAUUGCCCGCCGAUUCGAGGCACGCUGGUCGUGGCCAUCGGUCAGGGCCUUGAAGCUCUCACUGGCGGUGUCUGCGCCAGCACGACGCACCGGGUACUCUCGCCCAAAGCUGGAGAAGGCGCCCGUUUCUCCAUCCCGUUCUUCCAAGGAGUUUCAUACGAUGCAAAGGUAGGCUCCAGUUUUUACAGUGCGCGCCUGAUAUGUUCUGACCGGAGGAAGCAGUUCGAAUCGAUGGAUGUCCCGGAGCAUGUCCGCGCGCUUCGAGCCGAGAUCUUGCAGCGUCAGAACGGCAGAAAGGACGAUGUGGAAUUCACCUUUGUGAAGGGCCGGUGGAACCAUCUCGGCGAGGCGACGUUGAUGAAUCGCGUUAAGUCACAUACUGAUGUGGCGGAGAGGUGGUUUCCAGACUUGCUGAAGCAGCUGCGAGAGCAACAGGCGCGCGAUGACACUCAACCUGUCAAAGCUUUCUGAAUGUCAUGAUCUACAUUAGUGUGUGGUCAUUGUAAAGUAUGUGAUGGUCUUUGCGAUCUGCUCACGUGCUGCUCCAAGUUCUGGACCAUGUACGUGCGCAAACCGUUGUGGCUGUGUUGAUAGUAUCAUAUGCGAUCUACACGCAC